AUGGACGGACCUGGCGCGUACAACCCACGUACGGUGGAGGAGGUCUUUAGGGAUUUUAAGGGCCGUAGGAGUGGCAUGAUUAAGGCUUUAACCUCCGAUGUUCAGGAGUUUUACCGACUUUGCGAUCCCGAUAAGGAGAACCUGUGCCUCUAUGGGCACCCGAAUGAGAACUGGGAAGUGAAUUUGCCAGCUGAAGAGGUUCCACCUGAGCUCCCAGAGCCUGUCUUGGGUAUCAACUUCGCCAGAGACGGGAUGGCCGAAAAGGAUUGGUUGUCUCUUGUUGCUGUCCACAGUGAUGCUUGGCUUCUUUCAGUUGCUUUCUUCUUCGGAGCCAGGUUUGGAUUUGACAAAGCUGAUAGGAAACGGCUUUUCAAUAUGGUGAAUGACCUCCCAACAAUAUUUGAGGUUGUGGCUGGCACUUCAAAGAAACAAUCAAAGGACAAAUCCUCUGUUUCCAACAACAGCAGUAACAGGUCCAAAUCAAACUCCAAGCGAGGAUCAGAGCCGAGGCCGCCCAAGUUCACAAAGCCAGAGCACAAAGAAGAGGAGGAUGAGGAAGGGGAAGGUGUGGAAGAGGAGGAUGACGAUGAGCAAGGGGAAACACAGUGUGGGGCAUGUGGUGAGAGCUAUGCAACCGAUGAGUUCUGGAUCUGCUGUGACCUCUGUGAGAACUGGUUCCAUGGCAAGUGUGUGAAGAUAACACCGGCGAGGGCUGAGCACAUCAAGCAGUACAAGUGCCCAUCUUGCAGCAACAAGAGGGCUCGGUGCUAG